AGCUGGGCCCGUCUGGCCUCUGCGCUGUGCCUCGGCGCCUGGGGUCUCGGAGCUUUGGACUGACAUCCGGGUUCCCUCCCGUGGGGACCCCACGAUGGAGGAAUACGGGGACCCAGGAGGCCUGGUUAAGGUGGUCCACCUGCUGGUCCUGGCCGGUGCUUGGGGCAUGCAAAUGUGGGUGACCUUCGCCUCAGGCUUCCUGCUUUUCCGGAGCCUUCCACGACACACCUUCGGCCAGGUGCAGAGCAAACUGUUCCCGUACUACUUCUACACGUCCGUGGGCUGCGCCCUCAUCAACCUCUGUCUGGUGGCUCCCCAGCGGGCCUGGGCUCAGCUCACAUUCUGGGAGGCCAGCAAGCUCUGCCUGCUGCUCCUGAGCCUCUUGCUGGCCGCCGGCAACGCCCUGUGGUUGGGGCCCCGCACCACGGCCACCAUGCGGGCCCUGCAGGCCGUGGAGAGGGAACACGGCCUCGGCGGGGAGGUGGCCGGCAGCCACCGGGGCCCCGACCCCUACCGUGCGCUGCGGGAGAAGGACCCCAAGUACAAGGCUCUCCGCCAGGACUUCUUCCGCUACCACGGCCUGUCUUCCCUGUGCAACCUGGGCUGUCUCCUUGGCAACGGGCUCUGCCUCGUGGGCCUCGCCCUGGGCCUCCGGAGCAUCUAGCCUGAGCCCCACCUGUGAAUAAAGGAGUUUUUGGAAAUGA